AUGUCAUCCACUCCUAUGAUGAUUGACUCUCCGAUAGGAGCAAACGGGAAUUCCAUAUUGAAAGUAAAUGGAGUUUCAUCAGCCCCAUCAACCGCCAAACUCACGGAGAUGAUCUCUCUGUACAAUCCGGUCAAGCUCUUCCGCCAUUCUCCGACACCUGCAGACAAGGGCCAAACUCCCCCCAGUUUUAACUUCAUACAGUCUGUUAACUUCAAUGACAAUGGCAGUCAGCUUAUCACAUCAGAAACUGAUAAUACUAUGCAAAUUUAUGAUGUUCUCGAUGGGAGACACUCAAAGAUGAAUAUUAGUGCCAAGUAUGGGUGUAAUCAUGCAAUGUUUGGCCAUGCCGAACAUUAUAAAAUACGUUACCUUUCAGCCCAUGAUAACUCCUACAUACGUUACUUUGAAGGCCAUGAGCAAAAUGUCACAUGUCUAUCGCUCCACCCGGGCCAGGACAAUUUCAUUUCUUGCUCUGAAGACAACACUCUUCGAAUAUGGGAUGCAGCUUCCAACAACCCAGCUGGUAUUCUGAAUCUUACUGGUGUUCAUCUCGCCGCAUGGGACCCUUCCGGAAACGUAUUUGCAACUGCUUCUCCGCUUGCUCAGUCCAUUUUACUUUAUGACUUCCGCAACUUCGAUAAGGAGCCUUUUGCUACCUUUGACAUAUUACCAUUUUGUCAAGAAUUUUCUCCGCAAGCAAUUGGAAGAGGGUGGAACAAACUGGCAUUUUCGAAUGAUGGGAAACACUUAUUACUAGGCACGACCGGGAAUGGCCACUUCUUAUUGGAUGCAUUUGAUGGACAUCUAAAGGCAUUUUUGAGGAGGGAUAGAGGCGGUGCAAGAAGAUUAGGAGCAGGCGACCACAAUCCAGAUAAUUUGGAUCCUUCAUCGAGUGAAUAUAUCCACACCAGUACAGGAGACUGCUGUUUUACUCCCGAUGGAAGAUAUGUAAUCAGUGGAUCCCGAGGCAAGAAUGUGUUGGUAUGGGAUACACUUGCAGCUACGACAACUCGACUGCUCGACCCAUUGCAUGAGUUGGAAUAUGCAGGAGAUUCGGCAAUUGUAGCUUUCAACCCCAAGUACAACCAUUUCGCUACGGCAGACCAGGAAGUUUUAUUUUGGGUUCCGAAUACGGAUAUGCUCUGA